UCAACAGCAAGAGGAUGGCAUCAGAGCUGGCAAUGAGCAACUCCGACCUGCCCACCAGUCCCCUGGCCAUGGAAUAUGUUAAUGACUUCGAUCUGAUGAAGUUUGAAGUGAAAAAGGAGCCGGUGGAGCCCGAUCGCAGCAUCAGCCAGUGCAGCCGCCUGGUCGCCGGGGGAUCCCUAUCUUCCACCCCGAUGAGCACGCCUUGCAGCUCGGUUCCCCCCUCGCCAAGCUUCUCGGCGCCCAGUCCGGGAUCAGGGAGCGAACAGAAGGCACACUUGGAGGAUUUCUACUGGAUGACCGGGUACCAACAGCAGUUGAACCCCGAGGCUCUGGGCUUUAGCCCGGAGGACGCCGUAGAGGCGCUGAUCAGCAGCAGUCACCAGCUCCAGACCUUCGAUGGCUAUGCCAGGGGGCAGCAGUUCGGCGGCGCAGCCGGGGCAGGAGGCGCCAUGGCCGGGGAGGAGAUGGGAUCAGCGGCCGCCGUGGUAUCCGCGGUUAUCGCUGCAGCCGCAGCUCAGAACGGGAAUCCCCACCACCACCAUCACCAUCACCACCACCACACAGGGGCACACCAUCCCUCCUCCGGGUCUCAAUCCGGCGGCGGCAUGGGGGGAAACCACCAGCACCUGCGCCUGGAAGACCGGUUCUCGGACGAGCAGCUGGUGACCAUGUCGGUGCGGGAAUUGAACCGGCAGCUCCGGGGGGUAAGCAAGGAAGAGGUGAUCCGUCUGAAACAGAAGAGGAGGACACUAAAGAACAGAGGCUAUGCCCAGUCCUGCCGGUACAAGCGGGUCCAGCAGCGGCACGUCUUGGAGGGAGAGAAGACGCAACUGAUUCAGCAGGUGGACCACCUCAAGCAGGAGAUCUCCCGGCUGGCCAGGGAGAGGGACGCCUACAAGGAGAAAUACGAGAAGCUGAUCAGCACCGGCUUCAGAGAAAACGGAGGAUCCAGCAGCGACAACAACCCCUCAUCCCCGGAGUUUUUCAUGUGA